AUGAGUAGCAACUCAUCCCCAACUACAGCUGUGCAGCUGUGCCAUGAGAAUGUGAUCGGGUCCUGCGUGAAAACCCCCUACUCAGCUGGAUCCCAGAUGAUUCUGUAUGCAGUGUUUGGUGUUGGGGCCAUGCUGGCUGUGUUUGGAAAUCUCCUGGUGAUGAUUGCAGUCCUUCAUUUCAAGCAGCUGCACUCUUCAACCAAUUUUCUCAUUGCCUCUCUGGCCUGUGCUGGCUUCUUGGUGGGUGUGACUGUGAUGCCCUUUAGCAUGGUCAGGUCUGUGGAGAGCUGCUGGUACUUUGGGAGAAGUUUUUGUACCUUCCACACGUGCUUUGAUGUGGCAUUCUGUUACUCUUCUCUCUUCCACUUGUGCUUCAUCUCCAUCGACAGGUACAUCGCUGUUACCGACCCUCUGGUCUAUCCCACCAAGUUCACGGUGUCAGGGAUCUGCAACAUCUCCUGGGUCCUGCCUCUCAUGUACAGUAGUGCUGUGUUCUACACAGGUACCUAUGAUGUUGGGCUCGAGCAAUUAUUCAGUGCCCUCAACUCUGUAGGGGGUUGUCAGACAGUUAUAAAUCAAAAUUGGGUGUUGAUAAAUAGAUUAUCCUUCUUUAUACCUACCCUUGUCAUGAUAAUUCUCUAUGGUAGUAUAUUUCCUGUGGCUAGACAGCAGGCUAGAGAGAUAGAAAAUUCUGGGAACAAAACAGAAUCAUCCUCAGAGAGUUACGAAGCCAGAGUGGCAAGAGAGAGAAAGGCAGCUAAAACCCUGGGGGUCACAGUGGUAGCAUUUAUGAUUUCAUGGCUACCAUAUAGUAUUGAUUUAUUAAUUGAUACCUUUAUGGGCUUUAUAAUCCCUGCCUAUAUCUAUGAGAUUUGCUGUUGGGGUGCUUUUUAUAACUCAACUAUGAAUCCUUUGAUUUACGCCUUAUUUUACCCAUGGUUUAGGAAGGCCAUAAAACUUAUUAUGAGUGGUCAGGCUUUAAAGAACAGUUCAGCAACCAUGAAUUUGUUCUCUGAACAUAUGUAA